GCGGCGCCUCCCAGCGCCCGCCCCGCUGCCAGGGAGGAAGGCUCGGACGCGGAGGGGAGCGCUCGCGGGAGAGGGGCGCCGGCCGGGGCGAGGGCGAGCGCCGGGGCCGGGGCAGGCGGGCGGCCGGUCCACAAAGUCCCCGGCCGGGUCGCGGCCGGCGACAGCCUCUCGCCCAGCACCCAGCACCCUGAGCCUGGGACGUCGGGAGAGCCGGGAUCGGUGCGCGGUCCAGCCGGGAGCAGCCGGCGAGGGGAACCGGGACGCGGACUCCGCCAGGCGAGCAAGCACCAGUCCAGAGAGCGGGCACCCCGGACCCGGAGGGCGCGGCCGUCCGCGGGCCGCCAGGGCUGCACCCAGGGUGAGCGCACACCGCGGCCUCUGAGCCCCCCGGGCGCCGCCACCCUGAGCGGCGGCCUGGGCGCGGGCGCCGCCGCCACAGGAGGAACUCGCCGGGGCGAGGUGGUCGGGCACGGCCGUCGGGAGGUCCGGAGCGGGGCCCGAGCGCGCGGGGAGCCCCGGGCCUCCGUCGCCAUUGCGCCUAAAAGUGAGGAGGAUUUGCUGGCCCUGGCCGCGUCACGGCUGAGCCGCCGCAAGCGGGUGGCGGGCGCGGCCGUCGGGGUGGCCAUGGUGCUGCUGCUGCUGGUGGCCAUCCCGCUCCUGGUGCACAGCUCUCGCGGACCCACCCACUACGAGAUGCUGGGUCGCUGUCGCAUGGUGUGUGACCCCCACGCGCCCCGAGGCCAGGGCUCCGACGGCGCGCCCGCCUCCGCGCCUCCCUUCCCUCCAGGCGCCAAGGGAGACGUGGGCCGGCGAGGCAAGGCCGGCCUGCGGGGGCCUCCCGGACCCCCAGGGCCCAGAGGGCCCCCCGGAGAGCCAGGCCGGCCGGGGCCCCCGGGCCCCCCGGGCCCAGGCCCCGGCGGGGCGGCGCCCCCUGCGGGCUACGUCCCCCGCAUCGCCUUCUACGCGGGCCUCCGGCGGCCUCACGAGGGUUACGAAGUGCUGCGCUUUGACGACGUGGUCACCAACGUGGGCAACGCCUACGAGGCGGCCAGCGGCAAGUUCACCUGCCCCAUGCCCGGCGUCUACUUCUUCGCCUACCACGUGCUCAUGCGCGGCGGCGACGGCACCAGCAUGUGGGCUGACCUGAUGAAGAACGGACAGGUGCGGGCCAGCGCCAUUGCUCAGGAUGCGGAUCAGAACUACGACUACGCCAGCAACAGCGUCAUCCUGCACCUGGACGUGGGCGACGAGGUCUUCAUCAAGCUGGACGGCGGGAAGGUGCACGGGGGCAACACCAACAAAUACAGCACCUUCUCGGGCUUCAUCAUCUACCCGGACUGAGCCGGCACCUCCUCGCGCGCCCUCACGCCCGCCCGCACGCCCCUUGACCCCUCGCUCUAACCCACGCCCACCUCCAGCCUGCCCCACCCAAAGCCCCAUCCUCUGAGCGCCUGCGGACUCGGCUGCUUCCCGGGCCACCUAAAGGGAGGGGGCGGGAUUCUUGGGGCUCCAGGGUUUUAAGCGGCCGGGGGAGUGGAGAGGUGGGAAGACCGGAUGGAGAGAGCCGCUUAGGGAGGGGCCGCCUCGCCUGUGCUCCCACAAACCGGGGCCAGAGAGGGAGAGGCAGAGGUCACGUUCCUCCCUGCUGCCUGGAGCUGGGGGACAGUUUCACUAAGGGACAUUGGUGACUCAGAGAGGAAAGGGGCCGUCCUGGCAGCUUGGGAGGGAAAGGACGGAAGCCAGGAGCCUCUAGGUGAGGUUAGCCGCUGGCCUUCGGUAGCUGCUUUCUUUCCCUUCUCCUCCUCCUCCUCCAUCUCCAUCUUCCAGGCUCCAGCCACAGGCGACCUCGCUGUCUAGCAUUUAAAGCCCAUUUUGUAAAGUCCCCAUUUCACCCCUCUCCAGGCCAGGUCCUGGCGACGGAUACUGUUACUUCUUCCAAUAAAGUGAGGUUGGGGGUUGUGUGA